GGCGCGCAGUUCCUCCAGUCGGUGUCUCGCCGUGAAAGCUGAGGCACGAUAAAGUCCGCGUUAACCGGGAUUAAUCUGACGCGAGGAGGGGACUUGUUGUGUCGUCGGUGAGGGGAAUUGGACAGAAGCCACUUUGUCCACGGUCUCCAUGGCUCAGCGUGGACCUGCCCGGACCUGCAGCUAACCACGACUUCAAGCUGUCACUGUGUUUUUUUUUUUGUUAUUCUUCUUUUUCUUCUUCUUCCAAUCAAGUUGCCAAUAAUGACUGAGAUCAAUGAGAUGGAGAGCAACUCUCAGCUUCAGCUGCACACACAACCACUACCAUCAUCUAAGCUGCAGAGGUUGAAGCGCUCGCUGACCUUCAUGCGCAGCAAGAGCGUGGAGAACUUCUUCCAAAGAUCCUACAGCGACGCUCGCCUCCCCCCGGAAUUUAUCACGGACCCGCCGCCGCCCUCGCCGCCGCCGGGCUCGCCCCUGGUGGGCGAGGUCUGCUCUCCGUCUCGCUCGCCGUCCAUCAGCCCCAACCCUUCCAUCUCGUCGCACUCUCCGUCCCUCAGCUUGUCCCCGUCGUUGUCCUCCAAGCCGGUCCAGACUCAGAUCACACACUGCUUCCAGGACCACGUCUUUCGCAAGACCACCAGCUGCCAGCUCUGCAAGAACAUGAUCGUAGGAAACUCCAAACAAGCUCUGCGCUGUAAAACCUGCAAGUUGGCGGCUCACCUGUGGUGCACCUCGGAACUUUCACAGCAGCCGUGCUAUGGCAAGUCUGGCGCCUUCAAGCGAAACUUCAGCUCGCCCGUGCUGGUCACUGACCAACUGGCCGUCGUCAAGGAAGUGCAGCCGAGCCAAGAGGCGGUGCGGGCACGAGUGGACCCUGUUUACGCCGCCUUGCGUUUCGGGACGUCACUGGCGCAGAUGAGCCGCUCCAGUUUCGGCAGCCUGUCGGAGUCGCCGACGCGCAGCCUGGGUGAGGUGAGUGAGGAGAGCCAGGUGAGGCAGUCCAGCAUGGAAGAGGAGAUCCCUCCGGAAACAGCGGGUCCAGAUUUGGCUGCACAGGACGUGGAGGUGGACAAGGAGGAAGACGAGAGUCAAGUUGAGACCCCCGCCGAGGUGACCCCCAAACGCAUCGAGGUGCACUCCAUCCACACCUACGUGGCGCUCUACGGUUUCUUGCCUCAGGAGCACAACGACCUGGAACUGCAUCCUGGCGAUCGAGUGCAGGUUACUGACGACUCCAACGAGGAGUGGUGGAAGGGCAAGAGUGGCGACAGAGUGGGUUUUUUCCCUGCCAAUUUCGUGCAGAGGGUCCGCCCGGGGGAGCGAGUGUGGCGCGUCAUUCAGGGAACAUCUGGCAACCGGGAGAGAGGCCACAUGAUCGUGAAGGAAGCGCAGAUCUGCGUGGGCAAGCGAGAAGACGGCGAGGUGUUUGUGAAGCUGAGCAGCGGCAAGAAGAGAGGCCUCGUCCCCGCCGACUCCAUCGAGGAGAUCUGAGCUUCCCGCGAAAAGUCGAGUCCCGAAACUCUGAGCCAUCGUCUUCAGGGACCCGGCAAAAACUGGACCAUCCUUGUGGACCCCCCUGACGAGGGCGUAGAAGAUGAAUAGUCUCCUCACUGUAAGUCUUAAUGGAGUCCCUGAAGCGGCUGUAGUGGACUCUUACAGAUUGUUUACAUUUUGGCUACAGCCGCCAUUUUUGUUUUUAUUUUACCGACGUGGGAGCAGCCUGUCACAGGAACGCCACGCUUCUGUCCUUUCCCACUCCUUUCUACCCACUUGCGGUGACUCAUGCAGCAUAUGCUCCUGUCAGGGCCUUCCAUCGCGUUAGCCUGACACCUUGGCACGGACAUCCAAGCUACAUCGAGACUGAUAAUUAAAGAAAACCA